AUGCUGCGGAGGAGGGUGUUGCCUGACGGUCAUCGAUAUACCGCACUGCCGCUGAUUUAUGGAACGUCGCAGCAUGGUAUUAAGACAUUAGACGUACGUGAAUACCGCCCACUGGCGACUCCGAUUGAGUUUCGCUUCUACCAACGCUACGCCAAUCACCCGAACCGGCAAUCCGGGAUACAAUUUCUUACACACUACAAUACCCACCAACGCUUCCGCGUGAACAAAGACUAUAUUGAUUACAUGCACUGGGGAAAGGAGCAGGGCCAGGCCCGCCUGCCACACCGUCAUCAACGUGUUGCCUUUGACUUCAAUGAUCAACUGCACCCGACGCGUACGGCCGAGGGCAACGGUGACACCCAAGCAUGGUGCGCGGAGCAGGACCCCUCGCUUGGCCCUCAUCCAGACUUGGACGCAUCGUUUGAUCCAAAUCGUCACGUUUUCUCCCAUCCAGAGCACUGGAACAAGAUGUUUUCCAAACGGCGUCCCGGUGAGGGCAGCAUUGAUUUGAGUGUGCUGCCGUCGCGAAGUCUACUUGGGCCGCUCAUGACGCAAUCGGAUACCCAUGGGGCCGCCUACUUUCGGCUGGAUAACCGCGGUCACAGCAAUGGCAAGGUGCCCGGUCUGAAUUCACCAUUUCUUGGCGAAUUUGAUCGUCAAAUGAUGCAGGCAAUGUCAAGACCGCUCAACGCCGACCGCACCAUCACCGGCAAUGACGGCCGCUUCUCUAAGACGAUCAUGAUUAAUGAACCAAUGACACAUCAACAUCUGAGCGGGAAGACAGCCAGUGAGUUAAGCACAGAAAUUGAUGUUGCGACAAAUGCUGUUUACUCGAAGCUUACCGUUUUGGAGGCGGCGCAAUCAGGACUUACAAACUACUUUUGUGGUGGUCUCAACUAUGAGAUGCUUGGCUUUGACUUGCAUAUGGCGGAGUUGCUGCGAGAACGGGCACGUGCAAUUCUUGGCAGGGAUGCAGGCGUUUCUUCCUCUUCUGUGGCGUUCACGGCAUCCACGGAUUCUACCAAGACGGAGGAGCGUGUGGUGGGGCAGCUGCUUCGAGAUGCGUCAGGGUAUGUGGAUCGUGCGGAUGAUGCUCUUCGUCAACAUGCCGCGCUUAUAUGGCGGGUGUAUACUGCCCCGCGUCCACUGAUGGCACUGACGAAUGGUAAGUGUCGGGGCACAGGCUGUGGGGUAUCUGUGUACUCCAAGUAUUGUGCCCUUAAGGAUGCUUCAGAGUUUAUUUUUGAUGGUCCCAAUGUGGGAAUUACUCCAUAUGGUGGUCUCACUCGGUUGCUUGCGCGUCCGGAGACGUCGUUAAAAUACCCAGGCCUGGCAGAGUUUAUUGUCUUGACAGGUACCUCCCUUUUUGCAGGCGAUGCUCUUCGCCUGGGCUGGACCGAUCUCUUUACGAACAUUUCAGACAUGAGCUACCAUAUUAAGGAUUGGUUCGACGCUACCGAGCACAUGCAUAACGAUGCCGUCGCCUGGCAGUUAGGGCACCUCCUUGAGACGUGUUUCAAGAUGCGAGAAGCUCACUCAUCGGCGAUGGAGCGUGUUGCCAUCACACCUGUGCGAGCACGCUGGAUUGAGGAUGCCUUUGCCGAUCAGCCUUCUGUUAGACACAUUGUUGACACCCUUGGUGAAAUUGAGUGUCUACCGUUUACUGCGCAACACAACACAUGGGACCACUCGCAGUGUACUCCGUAUACCCUUGAUAGUGUCGAGGCUGGGUUGUUGAAGUUAGAGAGCCAUCGCCUACGGUACACACACUCUCCGUGGGACAUCACACCACCGGAGGAUGAGGUGGCGCUUCAGCACGCAUCUGAGGUGUUCAAUGCCUAUGUACUGGAGCGGUAUGGCACAGAGAAUGUUGUCGUUCACAGGGACACGGAAAAACUGGCCGCCUGGCGUCGCCAAAGACAGCAAGAAUACCACGCUCACCGUAGUUUACGUGGUGCACCUCAUUCUCGUCACGUCUACGCUCGUUUGGAGGGUUGUGAAGGGAAACUAGUUUCCUUUGAUUUUGUGUUUUUCCUCCAACAACAUGAGAACCUGGAGAAUAAAAACAAAAAGGAGGAGUCGCGAUAUACUGCAUCCCUCGAUGCGCUGAAGCGCAAGGUGCUGGCCUCCUUUGGGAUGCCGGACGGCCGCGACAUUGAGCUGGGUUGGUAUCUCCCCACCUUGGACACCUGCCCUAUUUACAGUGAUGAAGAGCUCAUGCAAUUGCUUCAUGCAGAUCCCGGCAUUGAAGAUCCAAAGUCAGAGUUAAAGUAUCCACCCAUCUACUUUAUUGUCAAACGUAACACUCUGUAUUUCUCUGAGUGGGCGUAUGCGGUAAAGCACCAACUGUUGCUGCAGUCGCCCUUUGCACUUCGGGCAGCUUAUGAGAUGCUGACAGAGGUGCGUGGUGAUGGCUUGGCCGAUAGUGUCAUGCCGCUGGCUGAGUCACUCGCAACCGAGUUUAAAUACGUUUCACGACUUCUUCGGCGACCUGACUUCUACCGCGUAGGUGUGCAUACAGACAAGUCAGCAGAGACGUGGGAGGAGAUUCGGGAGGAGCGUCGGCGCAACAUACAUAAGACACAUCAACCGACUCGACCAUUGCCUGACUUUGAGGAAGUGUUUGAGCGGAACGUCGAAAUUGAGGGUCAUCGGUUUCUGUUGCGGCCUCGUUGGAACCCACGCACACUGCAAGAUGUCUUAGAGUCUGAUGUGUUGCAACUUCGCACCCCGUUGGUGUACAGUGGUGAAGGCAUUGCCCCGCUUUACGUUCAGACUCAGUGCGCCAAGGCAAACCGUAUCACUGGUAUGGUGGAGGAUGCAGGUGGCUUGGAGGUGGUGCAGGGACUUGGCGAGGUGGACGCAAAGGGGACCCCUGUGGCACCGCCAUUGCAGCCCAACGCCCACGUGCCCCAAAAUGUUAGCUUCUACGAAAUGGCGCGGCACCCAUGGGAGGAUACUGCCUCUUCUUGGCGGCGUGACGGCUUUACGGAGGGCUCACUGGAAAACUAUGAGGCACAAUAUCGUGCCGCGGAACGUGCCGUGUAUGACGAAGAGGGUCGCGGUAUUCAUAAUUACUGGCCCUCUCGUGAGGCCUCGGAGGGUGUGACGAGCGAGGAAAAAGACACCGCUCUUUUGCAGGAGCGCCUCUUUAAACCGCUUGAAGAGGCCAUAUCCGCAGUUGAACCAUGGGCUCGUAAUCUGCGUCGUAGCGCAAGCGAUGGUACGCUUGGCUACAAGACAGAGAUUGCAACACCCGAGGAGAAGAUAUACGACGACGAGUACUACCGCUGGUUUAUUCAGCCUGGUCACCACCCGAACCCAAGUGGCCUCACCAGUGUCAAGAGGGGGUCUUCAACACAGCAUAGCACCGAUGCAGCGGAGCUUGAGCGCAUCUGGCGCAGUGUGGCUUCCGGUGACGAUGAUGGUAAUGCAUCAGAGGUGGAAGGAAUGGCGACCGAGGAUGUGGAAGAGGUGGGUAGUGCACACAUGAGCGAGGAGGAGCCUGUUGCGCAUACGGAUGAAGACGAGAGUGCAUAA